AUGUUUUCCAGAAAAAUUUCCCUCCCUCUGCUACACCUCGCACUCCUCCCGUUCCUCACAUAUCUCUCACACGCCCAGCAAGUAGCAGACGGUGCCAUCGUCCCCUUCAAAUCCUCUCUCCCUGCCUGCGCGUCAAAAUGCGGGCCCCUCUUCGAUGUUCAAGGCGCAUGCGCGCCACCCAACAUACCCACAGCAUCUUCAUCUUGCUUCUGCGGCGAUGCGCGACUCGCAGCAUUUACCACUACGUCUGGCACAGAGGGUGUUAGUAGUGUUUGCGGGGCUACGAGCUGUACACAGGCGAGCGAUUUACAAUCGAUUAAGACCUGGUAUCAGAGUUUCUGCAAGAAAGACUCGGGCUCUGGCUCAGGCUCGGGAACCACGACGACAGCCACACCAGGCGCAACGAGCACGAGCUCUGGCAGUUCGACGGGGAAGUCGAGUAUUGGGGAGGGAGGUAAAAGCUGGAUCUCAACUCAUUAUCAAUGGGUAAUCAUGGUCGCCGUAAUCUUCUUUGGCCUCAUGGCGAUAUGGAUUGGGGCCUGCAUCUGGCGAAAACGCUAUAUCCGCAAGAAGGAAAGGGCAUUCGAGAUGCGCCCCCCUGCUGUCCCUUGGGGCCCAACCCAAUCACCAGCUAUGACACCCCCGUAUGUCGAUGGUACCGCGGAUGCUAGUAGAUCGAGUGUGAGAUCGAGUAUGAGACGUGGCGAGAAGUCACAGGGUGUUGGGGCUGAGGGCUAUUAUUCACCUUCUCCUUUGGGCCUUGGUGCCACUGAUGGUGGGCACUAUAAGGAGGCAACUGCGCAAGAUUUGCCGCUUGCUACGCCUGCGGAUGGGACAACGGAGAACAGGGGGAGUAGGGGAUGGCUGAGAAAAAAUCGGCCGUAG